AUGCCUUUCGAAAUCGACCUCAAGGGAAAGAACGUUCUUGUCACUGGUGGUGGUCGGGGUCUCGGCAUCGACAUUGCUCGCUCUUUGGCCGAGGCCGGUGCCAACAUCGCUUUGACAUGUACGUUUACUUGCUCACUCGGGCACGCGUUUCCACCCCAAACCGACCCCUACUGAACUUUGUCAUCGCCUCCCCGUAGACAACGCCUCGCCCGCGGACAAGAUCGCCAAGCAGCUCGAAGAGGAGUUUGGUGGCAUCAAGGUCGGAUCGUACAAGAUGCCCGCCGACGACUCCAAGGCCAUCGACGAGGCCGUCAAGCUCAUCACCAAGGACUUGGGCGAACUCGAUGUCGUCAUCGCCAAUGCUGGGAUCUGCAUCCACCAGGAUGCCGAGAAGAUGACCGACAGUGAGUUGCGCUAGAAUGUUUUUUUCGGGAUCGAUGUAUAUUUGAUCGUGUGAAAAGACUUCACUAACCCUGACGCAACUCUCCACCCUUAACAGAGGAGUUCGAGGACGUUUUCAAGGUCAACACUUUCGGCCCUUACUACCUUGCCCGAGCAGGUUCGUCGGUCGCUUACCCUGCCAGGCGGUGUAAUAGUACAUACCCACACUGUGUACUGAUUUCCCUCUUUUACUGAUGUAUGCCUGACGAGCAGCAUAUCAAUCUUGGUUCCCCACUGGUAACGAAGAGCCCAAGGACAAGGUCAUCCUUUUCGUGUCCUCCAUCUCGGGCCUCAUCACCAACACCCCUCAAAACCAAUGCGCCUACAGUCAGUCACGGCCUGCCUCUGUCCAUCUCCGUGUCUGAAUCUAUGACUGACUUGAAGGCUUCUCUCUCCCUCCAAAGACGGAUCCAAGGCUGCUCUCACUCACCUCGGUCGCUCGUUGGCAGGCGAGUGGGUCUCCAAGGGCGUGCGCGUCAACACCCUCUCCCCCGGCUACAUCUCGACCGAGAUGUCCGAAGGAUCCGAGUCGGGCAAGAAGAACGCCGCCGAAUGGCGCGAGCGCACCCCAAUGAAGAGGUUCGCCAAACCCAAGGAGAUCGCAGACAUGUUGGUCGUCUUGGCCAGUGGGAGGAGUUCGUACAUGACCGGAAGUGAUGUCGUCGUUGAUGGUGGUUGUAAGUUGUAG